AUAUUUUCGGAGCGUGAGUUGUGACCAAAUCUGAAAUCGUAAUUUUAAAUCUGAAAUCGUAAAUACGAUCACAGCCCAAAAAUAAGAAGAAAAACAUAAUUAAUAAAAAAUAAAAUAAAUAAAAGAACAAAAUAGCGGCGAUUGUUGCAAUUGAAAAAAACAGAAGUUUGUUGUGUUUCAGACGGACGGGCUUCCAAUCUCUCCCGAAGCUCUGGGAACCGUCGUGAAAAGAUAGAGAGAGAAAGCGAGAGGAGAGAGAAAGCGAGAGAGAGAGAGAGAGAGAGAGAGAGAGAGAGAGAGCCUUCUGAAAAUGAAGCUGUGUCUGGCCUCUGCUGCUUUUCGCGCCUAGGGUUUUCCUCUUUAUUCACGCCUCCACAAGAACCAUGCCGACUUUUACUGCUAUAGCCUUAGAUACCUUGUUGGAACCGGGAGCUUCAAAAUCUGUCGAUAAGUCUGUCCCUAGACCUGUCCCGAAACCGAGGCCUGGUCCUAAUUCAAAGCUGGAGAGAAGGAAUAGUACUUCGGUUGCUGAGAGAAAAACUAAUCGCCCCCAAAUAACUCCGGCUCUUUAUGCUACUCCUGAGGCAACCCCACUUCCUGAUUCGCCCACUUCGUUUCCUCCUUCUCCUUACAUCAUCAAUCAUAAGCGACGUGGGCCACGCCUUCUGAAGAGCUCGUCGGAGAGCAAUGUGUUGGCACGCCAAAAAGUCCAAGAUGAACAAAAGGUCAAUGUGGAUGGAAAGGAUGCAGAAACCAAGGCUACUAAUUUGAUGGAGAAUGAUUCUGUUACUUCCACAAAUGCUGAACUCCUGAUUAAAGAGCAGCUGAUGAAUGGUUGUCAUGAUUGUGGGAGCAGCAAUGGAGUACUUGAAAAUGGUAGAGCUGAAACUGAAAGCAGAAAUGGUAAACUUGGUACGGGUAAUGAGGAACUUGGCAAUGGUAAGGUGGAACAUGGAAGCAGUAAUUUUAGUAAUGCUGUGGUCAUUGUACAUGAUUCAUCGAAGCUAGCUCCAACUCCAGAAAGAGAGAGUGAACGGGAAGAUUUCUAUGAUCCUCAGGAAUCAAUGAGUGUCACAAGUAACACAGACGCAGAGGACAAUGCUGAGGGAGAACGUUCGGCACAGUUUACCACACCCAUGGGAGAAUUUUUUGAUGCUUGGGAAGAACUUUCUUCUGAGGGUGGGCAACAGUCUGCUCUUCAUGAUGUUGAAGCUGAAUUGCGUGAAAUGAGAUUGAGUCUGCUGAUGGAAAUAGAGAAGCGAAAGCAAGCAGAAGAAGCCCUAAGUAACAUGCGAAAACAGUGGGAGAGCAUCAGGCAACAGUUGUCUCUUGUAGGAUUGACACUCCCUGCAGAGGUCCCUGCUGAAGGGAGAGAGCAGCCUGAUUCCGAUCCUGGAGAGAAGCUAUGCAGACAAGUAUAUCUUGCUAGGUUCGUUGCAAAUUCCAUUGGGAGGGGCUUAGCUAGGGCAGAGUUGGAGGCAGAGAUGGAAUCACAGAUUGAAGCAAAGAACUUUGAGAUCACUCGAUUGUGUGACAAACUACGCAAUUAUGAGGCAAUGAAUCAGGAAAUGGUUCAGAGGAACCAAGAUGUUCUUGAGAUGGCACGGCGUGAGAGGGUUAGAAAGGAAAGAAGGCAGAGGUGGAUUUGGGGCUCUAUCGCUGCUGCCCUUACACUCGGUGCUGCUGGGCUAGCAUGGUCUUAUCUUCCUUCGGGAACGGGAUCACCAAAGUGCGAUUCCGAGGUUCCUCAGUCCAACGAUGGUGCAAAGUAAUAGUCUCUUUUAAGUGGUAGUUGUGAUGCCAUACCACAGAUGAGAAGAGAAUAAAAAGGUCUUAUCCGCCAUUUUGUUUUGGAUAACAUUCUCUUGCUGUUAUAAGCUGCACUUUACCUUGCAUUCUGAGGAUGUACGGUUCUACCAUAAUCUUGGGCCAUCAUAGUUUAUGAAUAGGAUUAGUCCUUAUACCGAAGUUUUACUCAUAAUUUCUUUGACAUUUUAUGUCAAAGCCUACAUCAUUUUGCACACGAAAACUUUAUACAGAAACAGGAGAGAAUAUGUGACCUUUAGUUUAUGAUAAUUUUGGACUCGAUCCGUGUCGGGAAAGAUAAAAAUUUUGAAA